CACAGUCUGCGCCUGCCGCUCUGCUCAGAGCUAGGCUUGAAAGAAGAAAGGGUUGAGUAGAUGGUUAUUCUUUCACUAUUUAAUGAGCAACUAGUAAAGAAAUAUUCCUUUUUAAUUCUGAAAACAAAAGGAAAAGUGCAAAGACCGCCUCCCGAAUCCCUUUAAUUUUCGUGGAAGAGAAAACGAUACUGCAGGCUGGGACUUUGCUGGAAUUUUCGCUGUUUUUUGGAAGCAAUUUUUCAGGACUUUGUUUAAAUAUUCCUUUCACUGGGAAGAAAGCGCGUAGUUCGCAGGGCGGAGUGUGGACAGGCUGACAUCUGGGUUAACAACAUUGCGAUUUGCAGUUUAAUUUCUAAGUGGAGUACAGUCCCCCUUCAAAAAACGAGACAUCAGCGAAAACGACGUCUCACCCACAUGAAGGAAUAUAACAAGUAAAAAAAACUCGCUUUUCGGCAGCUUGCAUAAGAAUGAAUAGGUGAAGAAGCGAUCCACUGUAUCCGUACUGGAGAACAAGCUUUCUAACUAGCUAAAAUACUUCGAUUCUACAAGUGUGAUUCGUUUAAUGGUCAGUUUUAAACCUUUGUGUUUUUGUUUGACAAAAAAGGCAACUGAAGGACAUUUGUGAUGGGGAUUCUUUAACACUAUUCUGGAUGUGUUGAUGCACAAAAUCUGUCUGCCGUGGAGCCUUUGCAAAAUACCUAUACUUCUUAUUUUCGCUUUGUACGGUACUGGAACACUUGGGAAUUGUUGAAACGCUGCAGAUACUGCAUAUUCUCCGAAGACUUCCUUUAAGGCGAUACCGCACUAACAAACCUGCCAUCUCGACCGCAGAAGACUUGAAAACAUGCGGAUUAGCGAGGAGGCGGAUGGGUUUGAUGGCGAGGCCUCCAACACAUCAAUGAUUUCGGGGGCUAGUAGCCCAUAUCAGCCGACCACUGAGCCCGUCCAUCCAAGACACGGUCUUGGGGGAUUGAGAUGUGACAUAGACUAUCUGAAAACAAAUUUUGGCAUUUUAAAACUCAUAGAAGUGAUUUUGGCACUGAUUGGAUUUAUCUGCAUAGAAACCAUCAUGAUGUGCUUGCCAUGUGGUGGGGUGUACUUCUUUGAGUUUGUCAGCUGUAGUGCCUUUGUGGUCACAGGAGUCCUGCUCCUGAUCUUCAGCCUCAACCUCCACACUAAAGUACCCCACAUCAACUGGAACCUCACAGACCUGGUGAACACUGGAGCCAGUACAUUUUUCUUCUUCCUGGCAUCAAUAGUCCUUGCGGCAUUGAAUCACAAGACCGGUGCCGAGAUCGCAGCAGUGAUAUUUGGGUUCCUUGCAACAGCUGUCUACGCCUACAACACCUUCCUUGCUGUAAAGCGAUGGCGCCUCAGGGAUGUUCGGGCCGGCGCCGUGCAGACCAGUGAGUACACACGUGCUCGGACAGCGUCCCGCGGGGAGAUGGAGACCCAGCCGGAGAUCCAGUGAUGUGACUCCCGAACCCGAGGUGGGCCCGGGGGGGUGAACAGAGAGAGUCUAGCUCUGCCAUGGCUACGCGGGCCUCUCUCUGUCUGAAAAGGAGACCCGUCUGAGAUCACCAGUGUGUUUGAAUGAAAAGAAGAAAAAAAAUCUCUCGAGGAACUAUAUUGUUUUGCCGUUUUGGUAAAAAAAAACCAUCUUUAUGAAGGAAAUCUUGGGAAUGCAUCAGUUUAAUUAUACAUAUUUGGAUGUUGCUGUUUUUUCAGUGCUGCUUUAAUAUAUCUUGCUUUGUUACUGUUCAAAGGCAUUGCUGCCUGGGCCAGAUUCUUUUUAUACAUUAUUCUCCUUCACAUGUUUGAAGAAGAGCACGUACACACAUGUACAGGGUGCUGCAAUGAAUAUGUAUUUUAUAGCUGAACUGAAUAUCCCUGUCCAAUUUUAAAAAUGGAACUACAAAAGUUUCUUUUUAUAAAUAUGCUUUUAUUGCAGUUGAUUUGACAGUUUAAAAAUUAUGCCUUAAGAUACUUUUAGUAACAACAGCAGAAUGUUUCUCUUGAAUAGAUAUUCUCAAAAUGUGGUCUUAAUCAGUUUCCCAAGAGAAGAAGACUUAUCCGGUAGAAAAAGAACUGUGAUGUUAAAGAAAAUCAUUGAAUCUGAUUCAGUCAUUUGAUUGAAUCUCUUGGUACCUUAUUGUGAUGCAAGAGCAAAAUGGUACUAUGAAAAUGUGUGCUGUACAUACCAGUCUUUAAAAAAAGGGCACUGAUCCAGUGUCUCAGGAUGCUCCAGGAGGAGCUAGUAAACUAUUUUCUGCUUGGUGAAAAAGAAUUUAAGGAGAAAGGUAUGACAGAUGCCUUAUAUUAGAUGAAACUGCAAGACCAUGCCAUUAAUUAUAGGAUGUCCAUUGGUCCAAUCAGGUGCCUUUUCCAAACAAGACAAAAUGUCUACUUUACAGCACAAACAUUCCCCGUUCAGUUCUUAUAAUUAUAAUUUUCACUCUAAAAUUACACUCACAGUGACCUAUAACAUGUAUUUCAUAGUAGACCAUUACACAUUGUAGUUGUAAUUGAACGGAGAACUAUUGCUAUUCUUAGAUGUGGUUCCCAGCCCUGGUCCUGGUUGAACACCAGCUCUGCUUGUACCCAUUCCAGAUGAGCUCGAAAUCUCCAUUGCUAAUUUGUUUCUUGUUUUCUUUGGUCAGUCCUGAUUGUGACAGAUACCCUACUGCAAGGGUGUUGUUUCCAGCAACUUCAGCAAACAGAACUUUACACAGUCUGUCCUCAAUUUGCCUGCUAUUAUUUCUGCUCAUGUCGUUUUUUUACUAGAUGAUCAAUUAAUGAUUCACAGACUCAGGUGAGAAUGACACUGUUAAGCUACAAUAAACGUUGUUUCUAAAUGCAGAGCAACAAAAUGGUUAAACGUCAGGCAGCACACCUAAAUGAGGGUAGUUCUGAAACUUAGAAAUUGGUACAGGCAUGUAGCUGUAGGCACUUUCACAAAUAUUCCCCAAAUAGAAAUUAAUUAGAUAAUAAUUAAGAACUUGACUAGUACAAAAGGCAGAAAAGAAAGUGUUCCUCUAGGAUGAGAUUUGGAAACCAUUUUUAGGUGAUGGCUAUUAAUGAAUCAAUCCCAGAUAGCUUUUUAGAAUAUUGUGGAAUAUGGAUGUUUUGGGGGUGUAUUAAAAAACAAUACUUAUUUUCUACUUGGUGAUUGGGUAUUUUGUAUUUGGGUGUUCAAAGCAAAUUAUUGAUGUAAAAUUUACAUCCAAAGUCUUUCAUUAAUCCAAGCACAAUUUAAAAUGUAAAAUUUUAUUAAUAGUUUAGCAGGUGAUUUGACAGUACAUUCAUUAAAAUAAUUAAAUGGAAUGGUUAUAAGCAUUCACUCAAAUGAAAUGUCAAUACUCAAUGCCUUUUCUGGACAAAUUUAGGAAACACUUGUAAUAAUAAGUUGUGCGCUCUUGUUUGUACUGAUAUUUUUUUUAAAUUGUAUUGUUUUGUUUUUUCUUUUCAAUAUCCAGUAAUACCAGCUUUAUGGUAAGAUAUUUUUGGUAAGUUUUUUUUUAUUAUUUUGAUUAUUUGUAUAUCUGGAAUGUAAUAAGGGAGAAGAGUCCCCAAUUAGCUCUAGCUGAUGUGUAUUUAUUGCUCUCUGUAUAACACAAAUAUGAAGUCUUUUUUUCAUACUUUUUUAUGGAAGCAUUCUUGAAGGAUUCCAGAGAUGUCUCUUGCUUCACCUUAGGUGCCUUAAAAACUACAGGCUAUAUAGGGGAGUUGGUACCAAAUUGAACUGACAACUAAAAGUACAGCAUGUUAUUAACACUAUUUAAAUUCAGUAUCUUGUUAUAAAAUGUAUUUAUUUUAUUAAAUUAUAUCGCUUUAGGAAUACAGCAGACCAAAUCUGAAGUUCUAUUACCUCUGAAGGCGGUAAAUUGUCUACUAUGGUUCUAAGCAGCAAAUAUAAUACAAGCACAGGGUUCUCUAUAUUUAAACCAAAACUAAAUUUCUCUUCUGUUAUAAUGUUUAAUGUUCAGUACAAAAUGCUGUCUAAUAGAACAAAUGGCACGUAAAUUAGCAUAAAUUCUUGGAAUGGUUACAGUGUUAACUUUGUACGAAACAAUAGUGAAGUGAGCCUUGGUUAGUUAAACUCCACAUUCUCAAACAUAUCAUACAGAAAAUCAUGUGGAAGGACUCUUUGCUGAAAAUGGGAAGAGAAAUUCUGAAGCCAGCUAAUAAACUGGUUGGCUGCUGAAGUCAAUUUAGGAUCGGUUAUGAAGGAGACAUUUCAUGAGCAGUGUCUUAACAGACAGAUGAGGUACUUCUUUUUUGUAUAGAAAUACUAUUAAUCAAUGAAGGAUUUGUUUGCUGCAUACAACUGUAUCAAUUAUUUUAAAUAUAUUUUAAAUCUGCUUUAAAACAUAACAUUAAUUAUCCUGAAAUACAUCAGGAUAUGAUUUUUCAUAACUAAGGGCAGCCUUGCAUCUAUUCAUUAAUUGUUUUACAGUAAUUGCAGUGCUUUCUAAGACGAUGCCAAGAUUUGAGGCAAAACAGUUCCAAUUCCUUUUGAAGGUUCAGAUAACUUAAAAAUGCAUGUAUUACUUUCACAUACAGGAUUUGAUUUCUGCCUCCUAAUUAAGGAACCUCAUUACCAGCAUUUAUUGCAGAAAACCUAAUUGGUGCUUUAGGAUUCAUGCUGAAAUGUCUGUAGUAGACUCGGUUAAAAAAAAAACCAUGAAGAAAAUGUAUUGAUACAAUUUUUAUUUAAAUGUCUGGGUUUAGGAUUUUAGAUAAUAUCUUGAACAUCAUACAUAAUCUUCCCUCAGUUUAACAUGGGAUGUAAUUUUUUAUGUUAAGUAUUAAACUGGUACUGAUUUCUUUUUCUCUGUCUGACAAAUCUGUAUUUUUGUAUUUAUAGAAUCGUGUACUUCUAUUGACAUUAAUCACUGGUUAUUAAAUUGUGAUAAAACAUUCUCUUUCAAUAAACUGAUCUGCCAUUGUAUUUUCUUUUUGCACUGCUUAUUUAAUGCUUAAUUUCUGUGUACUUUACAAGAGCUCACUUUUCUCACGUACAGACCAGCUGUGGUAUUUAUGCAUAAUUCAAAAUGAAGAGAAUAUGUCUUUGAAAACUGGAGGUCUGUUUUGCUGCUGGAGUAAAACUGCAAAUCCUGAAAAAUAACCAGGAGUGAAGAAAGACACAGACAAUGAUUUUCAUAAAAAUUAUAAGUAAUGUUUACUUAUUUUUUGGCAUUGUGAACAAAGUUUCAUUAGUUUUUUGAGUGGCUCUCUAAAACUACUCUACAAGCAGGUCACAAAAUAAUUCACCGUGACAGUCAGCAAGAUGUGGCUCUUGAACCAAAACCACAACAUGCAACUUUUUACCAGAUUACAGUAGAUGAAUUGCAUGAGAAAAACCUUGAUAUUCUUGAAACUGUGGGCUUUCAACCAUGUGUCUGUGACCCCCAUGGGGAUUCUGGGAACAAAGAUGUUUUGCAUUUCAAGUCAAUUAGUGUGUCAAAUCAUUCUUGCCUUCUUAGUCAUGGUGGAUACAUUGAGCUGCAGUUGUGCAUUUAUAUUACUAGUUAUAAAAAUGUAACUUCUUUUUAAGUUCUGGUCUUUACUGAGGGGGAACAC